AUGGAUACUUCAGACGCCAAGCGCCAAAAGACCGCGGAGGAUGCCGAGCUCACCGAAUCCGCCCUCGGUUCCUUCACCGAUCCAAUCGCACCCCUCCUCGGCGGACAGCGGACCGCAGCUCAGAAUGUUUACCAGAUACGGAUGCUCAGGAGAUUGAUCUUAUCAUUCGUCGACAUCAAAUCCCUUACGUGCUUUAUCCGGGCGGAAAAGGGCUGUAUGAGGGAUGUGGCGAGGGUGCUUUACUGCAGCAUGGACGAGGGGAAGGUGAAUUAUUCUUUGAGCGAGGAUAGCACCCGAGAUCGCAUCUACCGCGCCGCCGUCACAGAGAUCACUGCUUUUAACCAGGCUCAGUCGAUGGCGUCGCACCUCACUCGGCUCGACACCGUGGUUCCCCCAAUGCGCAACCUAUUCCAUAAUGCGCGCUCGGUGGUCUUCGGCUGCCUCCGCGAGGAUAACGGCAAAGAGUCUCUCUCGGUCAAUCUCGGGGCGGAUGAGCCUGACGCUAUCCUGAAAACCGCCGACUAUCGCUUCACCCACACCCUCCAGUCCUUCUCCGACCUUCCCUCGACAAUCACAUGCCCUGUCACUGCUCCACAGGGCUGGUCCCUUACGUCUCGCUUCGACCUCGUCAUCCCAACUAACCUCGAGGCGAACAUCCCGGACGCCCAGAUCUGGCUCAAGGAUCUGAAGGACAAUGCGUCCCUCGGAAACCUUCAUCGCUCGGUCAGUCUGGGCAAACUCAAGGUCGAUCUCGACGACCUGACUGGCCUGUACCAGAGUCAAGCAGCGCUCGGAUACAGCUCGGACGACCGGAUCCGAGUCAUUCAUGCGGACCGCAUCAAGCCCUUCUCGAACGCCCAAUUCAGCUCGUUCGCCAGCGUGGCGGGCCGGUCCUUGACUUACCUCAAGCUGGCUGAGCAGUACCAAGGCGAAAAGGGCGGCAUCGGCAUCGACGCAUUCCAUCCCAUCAUCACGAUCAUCCGCGAACACCUCCCCAAUCUCGACGAGCUCCAUCUCUCUCUGGCCGGCAUUGAGCGCGCCGAAGCUGUGUCUCGUCAGAUACUCUACCCAGAUAUCCUUUCGGAAGGCGGAAGUAUCAAGCGGCUGUUCAUCUACUGCGCGCCCUACUCCGGUCACCUCUUCGAUACCGUUCGGAGUCUCGCUUCAGUGCUAUUUGGGCUGGAGGCUACGAUCGAUAUCGCCCACUCGGAUCAGUCCUUGUGGGGAAAGCCGGUGCAAAAUAGUUACCUUGCCUUCAUCCGAGCUCAGCCUCCGCAUCAGCGCAGGCACCUCGCGACGAUUUCCUUCCCCGAUAUCGACGUCAUGCAACCACACUCGGUACACUCCCUUCACUUUCGCGAUGACGGCCGACCUUAUCGCCGGGGACACGGUAAAGCCGUACGCUGGGCUGAUCGGACCAACCGCAUCAAUGUGCAAGUCCUCCCCUCCCUCGUACCCGCCGUCGGCAACCUCUACGACGCUGCACUCAGAUUCGAGGGCAUCGCGGAAACGGCGGACGCAUCCGAGACGCUCGCGCACUCCUUGGCGCUACUCGAUGCCUUCAGAGAGGCGACGGGACAUGCGCAGGCGAUACUGGCGGCGUUGCAGCCGCGGCAGCAGCAGGUCAAGAACUUUGUGGAUUCUCUGCUGGAGAUGGCCGGGAUGUAG